UAUAAAAGGCUAUUGGCGGCGCGAAACCUAGCGGCAGAGAAGCAAACACGGAAGUAGUAAAAGUGAGGUUGUGAAGAACCUGUGUGUACAGUCGACUGCUCGCGUGUGGUUGUUUAUACAGGAAGGAAGUUAGCAGUGUUAAUUUCUGGAAACCAGCUGGAUUAUAUUUACUCCACCUCGAUAAGGUGGUGGGGAUUUAGACACGUACUUAUCAUUGGAGGCCAUCUUCGGCAACACAACAUAUCAAACAUGUCAUCCAACAGAGCACAGAAAGUGGGCAUCGCGUAUGAGGUUGAAAAGAAACUUGAACAAAAUUAUGAUCGCGAGGAGGAGGCUGGCACCCCGACCCACGUGGUGAACUGGGUGAAUGGAGUGCUGCAGGGGGAACACGACCCUAUUCCUGGUACCGACUGGAAGUCCAUCUGCUCACACUUGAGGGACGGAGUGGCGCUCUGCAAACUCAUCAACAAGCUGUUGAAGGCUGACGGCAAGAGCCCAAUCACAUUUCAGAAGAAAGUCAUGUCCCCAUUCGUCGCCAUGACAAACAUAGAGAACUUUAACAAAGGCGCCCAGGACUACGGUCUCUCGAAGGAGUUCACCUUCCAGUCCGGUGACCUAUGGGAGGUCAGGAAGGGCCCCUUCCUCAAUGUAUUGAACGGUAUUCAUAGCCUAGGGUUUGUUGCCAAUGGUAAAAAGGUCAAGCCCGCUUAUACUGGGGAAAUUAGAAAAAUGCUGGACAUGGCGUAGACCUCUCCGGUCACCGUAGUUUCGGUCGCAAUCGCUAAGUCAUUGUUACAGUAUAUCACUGUUUCCUUUGUAAACCGCAUCUAUACAAGAUAAUGUAUAGGUCGUUCCGUUAUAAAAUAUUUUGAGACAUUUAAUAAGAACUACUAUAGCUGGAAACUGUGUCAACUGUACAAAAUCCAUUAUUGUAAAGCACACGCCCCUUAAUUCCCACUUUCCUUGAAUCAAUUAUUAGAAAAUCAUGUUGUUCUUCAGGCCAAUUCCAAGCGUUAUAUGCCAGCAUAUACAGGCGAAAUUACCAAGACGAUCGACAGAACGUAAAUCACGUGACCAUUUGAAUGAGAACACGUGAACAUUUUUUGCAAGAUGACGUCAUCGCCUCUCUAUUUUAUUAAAGCAGACAAACACGUUAUACAUUUUAUUUGAUACAUGUAUAGCUAUUUUCCACCAUCUACGCAACAUGUUAUCUGGUAAUAUGCGGGAUUUAAAAAAAAUAUUUAAGAAGAACGGUAUCUUUAUAUUAUGCAACCUUUGGUAGAUUCUGCAUUGUAUAAUGUAUUAUGUGAUGUAUUUUACAUGUAUUGAAUCAUUAUGUGAAAACGUAUAAUACAUUCGUUAAUUUUUCCUUGGAUUUAGAGCUAAUUUCUUUUCAAGUUUUCUUUUUGUUUUCUUCUCUUUGCUUUGCAUUUAAGGUCGACUGGCCUUACUGUCUGUAAAUCAAAUGCUUUUACAAUAAAUUAUUUCAUAAUGUUA